CUAGUAUCACCUUUACGCAGCGUCAGCCCAUCGACCACCAGCAGCACAGCAACGCCCAUAGCAACGCUUCUGCGCAUCCUCGCUCUGUUUCUCUGACCCAGCAACACCGGCCACCAUCAACCAACCUGUUUUUAAACGACAUUCUUAACGUUUUUUGCGCUGGCUCGAUCACAUAUCACAGUGUUUUUAUUUUUAAUUCCAACAAGGAACAUGAAUGCGCUGUGUGCAGUCAUUCUCUCAUCAGCCAAAGUCACUCCUCAUUCAGAGAGCCCUUUUUCCAGCUGAAACACUGAGGAAUCAUCCUCCCUUGUACUCACUUUUAAGUUCUGGCCUAUCAAGGCACUGGCAGUGGCACGGCGACUCCACACCCCACACCCUCUAAAUGAGGGACAAGGCCACUCAGACCCCUAGGGCCUGGGUAGAUGAGCGGAGGAGAGGCUCUCAUAAGCGAUCAGCUUCUUGCGGUAGCACUGAUCAGCUGAAAGAGAUUGUAAAAUUGCGGCAGCAGCUCCAGCGCAGCAAGCGCAGCAGUCGUCAUCGCCGGGACAAAGACCGCAAGUCACCAUUUAAUGGCAACCAUGCCAUCAUCCAGUCACAGUCUCAGAUGCCUAAAACCAUCCUGAUUCCCAUCCCCAUCUCCAAGUCCACGCCCCCCCGUUUCCGGAACAGCAUAGAGGGCCUCAACCAGGAGAUUGAACGCAUCAUCAUUCGGGACACUGUAGAACGAGAUGAGAUCAUAAUACCACAGGAUGUUCCUGAUGGGCACCGUGCGCCCCCUCCCCUCCCCCAGCGCAGCAGCAGCACCCGCAGCAUUGACACACAGACGCCCUCAAAUGGUGGGCUUGGCAGUAACCGUAGCAACAGCAGCAGCCGAGCUGACUCUGUCUCACCCUCGUACCUUAGCAUCCUUAACGACACAGUUGGAAACAGCCCACUCCUAAACGAUGACACACUCAAUGAGAUCAAAGAAAGAGACCUCGGACCUUGGUCUCCUCUGCCCAAAUAUGCUUCUUCUCCAAAGCCCAACAACAGCUAUAUGUUCAAACGUGAGCCUCCUGAGGGCUGUGAGAAAGUUAAAGUCUUUGAGGAAAACCAGCCAAGGCCUCUCCAAAAGAUUCCUCCAUAUCUUUGCCCAGACAGGAACAAGGUGAACUUCAUUCCCAAAAGCGGCUCCGCUUUCUGCCUGGUAAGCAUCUUGAAGCCCCUGCUGCCCACACAGGAGCUGAACUUCCGUAGCGGGAUGGGAUACCGCAGCAUCUCCCCCUCCUUGGUGCCUCUAGGUGGGGUUGGGGUCAGAAGCCUGUCCCCCUCCAUGGGUCCUGUCCUCUCCCGUGGACGUCAGUCACCAUGUCUCCCACGACACCUUGAGGAGCCAGAGGGUUAGAGUGCCGAGUGUAAAGCAAAUUUUUUGGUCUUAACCCAACAGAGGAACUUCAACUGGUGAUCAGAGAUGGUGUAUUUCCCAUACUCCAGUAUAAUUUGAUAGAAAUUGAUCUGAAACUUGAACAUGAAACAUUGUUUUGGUAUUAAAGGGUAAUGGUAUUACAUGUCUUCUUGCAUCUGAGGGAUCAAAAGGAGUUUUUCACAAUGGUGUAUGUAUAUAGACAAAACAUUUUCAGCAUUGCACUGCUUUUUCUCUACGAUUUAUUGCAUUUAUUGAUUUAUUUACCAUGAAGCCUUUUGGAUUUUCUUAUGCAUAGAUGCAUCCUUUAACCUUAAUGUAAGUGAUUUGAUUUACUGGCGAAGUGGAUAUGGAAGAUAUAGGUCACAUUUUUGCUUGCUUAUAGUUUACAUGCAGUUUGAAUAAUGUUGAUGGAACACACAGAAAUGUUGUAGCAAAUUUGAGGACUUACAAAUAUGCCUGAAUUCCACCACCUGUCUGUAGGAUUCCAUUUGCUUACUGUCCUUUUUCUAUCAUUGUCUCUCUACAUUUGUCUCUCCCCUUAAAUGUAUAGAGCUUUCCCACAUAUAUGUAAACCUAUAUGUGCUUAAUGUGAUUUGCUGAUGAGAGAGUAAAUUUUGAUGGUACAAGAACAGGCUGGACAUGCAUUAGGAGAAAGAGGAGACAAUGAUGAGGAUGUCUUCAGUAUUGGUCUUGGAACUGUAUUGAACAUUAUAUGAUGUCAUAAUGAAAAUCAAACAGUUUUAUUGAUAAGUAUUGAUACUUAAAGGAGGAGGCAUGGCUUUAGCAAAUAGUGAACAGAAAAUGUACUGAUUUGGACUGUAGCAUCUUUAUACUGUGAAAUACUCCAUUAAACAUCCUGUAAAUCUUCCUUUCUUCCUUAAAAUAAAAUCGAUAAGAGAUCAGACAAGAAAGAAAACAGGCAAUCAUGGGACAAAUGUCUGUAAUUGCCUUAAUACUAAAGAAAAAUAGAUACAUGUGUAAAUUAGACAGCUGUUAUUAAUUGUUAGGGGAAAUGUAUUGAUUUUGUUUUUAGCUGUUACCAGUAACAUUUUAGAAUUUUUGUCUUUUUUUUUUUUCUGUGAAU